AGCACACAGCUGCUACAUCCGGGCGCUCUGCUUGGUUUACAAACCCUGCGAAGAUGGCGACUUCAGGGAGGAGUGCAUUAUUAUCCUCCACGUCCACUGGACCUAAAAGCACACUGGAGAACUCCAACCCGGAGGAGGAUGACGGACAAGACUUAUGGUCCACCAUCCUGAGUGAAGUGUCAACCCAUUCAAGAUCAAAGCUACCGUCUGGGAAAAAUGUCCUGGUCAUGGGUGAGGUGGGUUCGGGGAAGACCACCUUGGUUGCAAAGUUACAGGGGAUUGAAGAGUACAUGAAAGGGCGUGGCCUGGAAUACCUUUACUUCAGUGUCCAUGACGACGACAUUGAUGACCACACUCGGUGUAAUGCCUGGGUGUUAGACGGAGACCUUUACCACAAAGGUCUGCAGGGAGUAGCUGUGCCAGUGGAUUCGAUCAGCAACACUUUGCUGCUGAUAACACUUGACAUGUCACGGCCGUGGAACGCCCUGGACUCCCUUCAGAAGUGGGCUGCCGUCGCUAGGGAACACAUCGACAAACUCCGGGUCGCUCCGGAAACGCUGCGGGAGCUGGAGCACAGACUUGUAAAACAGUUCCAGGAGUACACAGAGCCAGGCAGUGGGGAGGAUGGCACCCCGCAGAGGAGGAGCGAAGAUGAGGAGAGUGUGCUGCUGCCGUUAGGCGACAACACACUCACACACAACCUGGGAAUACCAGUGGUGGUGGUCUGCACCAAGUGUGACGCCAUCAGCACAUUGGAGAAGGAGCAUGACUACAGAGACGAACACCUGGACUUCAUCCAGUCUCACAUCAGACGUUUCUGUCUGCAGUAUGGGGCGUCUCUUGUUUACACAUCGGUGAAGGAGAUGAAAAACCUGGACAUCCUGUACAAAUAUCUGGUUCACAGACUCUAUGGCUUUCCCUUCCACAGCCCGGCACAAGUGGUGGAAAGAGAUGCCGUUUUCAUUCCAUCAGGUUGGGACAAUGAGAAGAAGAUUGCCAUACUACACGAGAACUUCCAGACAGUAAAAGCAGAUGACAGCUUUGAGGACGUAGUAGUCAAACCGCCAGUCAGAAAGAUUGUUCAUGAAAAGGAGAUUCAAGCAGAAGACGACCAAGUGUUUCUGGUAAAACUGCAGUCGCUGCUCGCCAAACAGCCUGCUGUGACAGCAGGGCGACCAGUGGACACCACCAGCAGAGCACCCACCGGUUCCCCCAGGACGAGUAACCGUUCCGCAGCGGCCAACGUAGCAAACGCCAUGCCACAGUCGGGUCAGACCAGUGAGGGUGUGUUGGCCAACUUCUUCAACAGUCUACUGACGAAGAAAGCAGGGACUGGGGGGCCCGGGACGCCAGGCGGUGGUAACAACACUCCAGGAACAGUACGCAAGUCAGGUUCGAAGCUGGGCCUGGGCGAUGUACAGGCAGAGCUGGACCGCAUAUCCAGCCGGGAGACCGACUCAGACCUGCCUAAUGCCAACGACACCCCUGCCACCGAUGGCCAGGACACAUGAAGACCAACGCACCCUGCACCCCCUCCCCCCAACUUCAGCCUCAUCUUCCACCUCCCUUGUUCUUCCUCCCUCCACUCACCUUCCACUUCAUUACAAAGAUGCGGGGAGAAAGAGGGAUGUUGGGGAAAAGGAUGGGUGGACACACUUCUCCCUCCCCGUCAUCUUUUAAAUUUCUCCUCGAGGACAAAAACUCACCCUCUCUUCCUAUGGCCCGUGCCCUACACCUUGUUCACCCCCCGCCCCUCUCUCUAAACCCCUCUCUUCUCUUCCUGGCUGUUAAGCUGAGGGCGAGUGUUUGUCACUGUUACAUAAAGACUGUCUGUUACAUGAGAGUUAAUGGGUAUGGAGGACCAACAGGGAGGCUGGGGUGAGAAGAUAUUAGGCGGGUUGAAAAAGAUCGAAAGCCAGGGUGUUAUAUCCCUCCAUUUCUUGUGAUGGUACAGUUAGUGUUUUACUGUAGGAACUGCUGAAGGGCGCAUGUUGAAGAAACUGUACUUUGGUACUCUAGGGAUGAUUGUGUGAUCGUGUGUUUAUUGUAUGUGGGGCAAGUCACGCUUUGCCUAAGGAAGAGACUCAGAACAAAAACAUAUGCCUGAGAAACAUUGCAAACGGACUUGUUUUUUUGUUUUGUUUUUUUAAGAUGAAGGGAUAAACCUACCAGUAUUUGUGUGUGUGUGUGUGUGUGUGAGAGAGAGAGAGAGAGAGAGAGAGAGAGUGAGGCACAUAGAGGAAAUUAAGGAAGUUACUUUAACUUAGACCUGUCUGUCGAGAGAUUUUUGGCUGUUUGCAUUUCAACCAAAAGGCAAAAAAACAUUACUAUGCUCUUACACUACAAGCUCUUAAAACAGUGCAUACACUAUUUUUACUGCAGCACUGUCUGCUAGACUACACAAACCAAACAUGACAAGAAAUAUACUUCAGAAUCAAAGUUCACACUCGAGCCCCAGUCCUGUGUAAGACACCUAAGGUCCAUCAUGGCACGCAGUUCUACAAUUGGCCACUCAUGUUACAUACUGCUGUAACCCUAUAGAUAGCAGACAGUGCACUGAAAAUGGAGGGUAGUAGAGAGUAGUGGGGGUGGGUAGCUGAGCUUUACUUGUACAGAAAGAAGCACUAGUGAUUCAGUUCCAUAGUUACUGUGGGUGAGGGUGGUGGGUGGACAGGGGGGGGGGGGGUCAGAGCAAGGGAGGGUCUCACCAAGAAUGUACAGUCAUUGUCUCGCUGAUUGGUCCUGUUAUUUCAGAGCUCUGUGUUGGCGUUUGUAUAAUCAGAUCUGUUAAUCAGUCAAAUAAAAGGUGUAUUUAUUCGGAUUCAUCCA